AUGAUCGCCCGGCCUGGGGGAGGAUUCCCAGAGAAGUACAACAGGGUUUGGAUUCCGGAUCCUGACGAUGUUUGGAAAUCUGCUGAAAUAGCAAAGGACUACAGAGUUGAUGACAAAGUCCUGCGACUCCUGCUGGAGGAUGGAACGGAGCUGGAUUAUUCCGUUGAUCCGGAGUCUCUGCCUCCGCUCCGGAACCCUGACAUCCUCGUGGGUGAGAAUGACCUCACGGCCCUCAGCUACCUCCACGAGCCCGCGGUGCUCCACAACCUCAGGAUCCGCUUUGCGGAAUCCAAACUCAUUUACACCUACAGCGGAAUCAUUUUGGUGGCCAUGAAUCCUUACAAGCAGUUGCCCAUCUACGGAGAUGCCAUCAUCCAUGCCUACAGCGGGCAGAACAUGGGCGACAUGGACCCGCACAUAUUUGCGGUGGCAGAAGAGGCGUACAAGCAGAUGGCCAGAAACAAUAAAAAUCAGUCAAUAAUUGUGAGCGGGGAGUCGGGUGCUGGGAAGACGGUGUCUGCUCGCUAUGCCAUGAGGUACUUUGCCACGGUCAGCAAGUCGAACAGUAACGCCCACGUGGAGGACAAGGUGCUGGCGUCUAACCCCAUCACGGAGGCUGUUGGAAAUGCCAAGACCACCCGCAAUGACAACAGCAGUCGGUUUGGGAAAUACACAGAAAUCAGUUUUGAUGAGAGAAAUCAAAUUAUCGGAGCCAACAUGAGAACUUACCUGCUGGAGAAAUCCAGAGUAGUCUUUCAAUCAGAAAAUGAACGAAAUUACCACAUUUUCUAUCAGCUUUGUGCAUCUGCACAGCAGUCGGAAUUUAAACAUCUUAAAUUGGGGAGUGCGGAAGAAUUCAAUUACACGAGGAUGGGCGGUAACACCGUCAUUGAGGGGGUGAGUGACAGUGCUGGCAUGGAGGAGACGCGGAAGACCUUCACACUGCUGGGUUUCCAGGAGGAUUUUCAGAUGGAUGUUUUUAAGAUCCUGGCAGCUAUCCUGCACCUGGGCAACGUGCAGAUCACAGCAGUGGGCAACGAGAAGUCCGCAGUCAGUGCGGAUGACAGUCACCUGCAGGUGUUCUGCGAGCUCCUGGGCCUGGAGUGUGGCAGCGUUGCUCAGUGGCUGUGCAAUCGCAAAAUCAUCACGACCUCGGAGACGGUGGUGAAGCCCAUGACCAGGCCCCAGGCCGCCAACGCCAGGGACGCGCUGGCCAAGAAGGUCUAUGCUCACCUGUUUGACUUCAUUGUGGAGAGAAUUAACCAAGCGUUGCAGUUUUCAGGCAAGCAGCACACUUUUAUUGGUGUUUUGGACAUUUAUGGCUUUGAAACCUUUGAUGUGAACAGCUUCGAACAGUUUUGCAUCAAUUACGCUAAUGAAAAACUGCAACAGCAGUUUAACCUGCAUGUCUUCAAACUUGAACAAGAAGAAUAUAUGAAGGAAGAUAUCCCUUGGACUCUGAUCGAUUUUUAUGACAAUCAAUCAGUUAUUGACCUGAUUGAAGCAAAAAUGGGCAUUUUGGAGUUGCUGGAUGAAGAAUGCUUGUUGCCACAUGGAACUGAUGAAAACUGGCUUCAAAAGCUGUAUAAUAAUUUUGUCAACAAGAACUCUUUGUUUGAAAAGCCCAGAAUGUCAAAUGCAUCCUUUAUCAUCCAGCACUUUGCUGAUAAGGUUGAGUAUAAAUGCGAAGGUUUCCUUGAAAAGAACAGAGACACCGUCUAUGACAUGCUGGUUGAAAUCCUGAGAGCAAGCAAGUUUCACCUCUGCGCCAAGUUUUUCCAAGAAAGUCCAGUUCCCCCUUCCCCUUUUGGUUCAGCGAUCACGAUGAAAGCUGCAAAGCAAGUCAUCAAGCCCAACAACAAGCAGUUCCGGACCACCGUGGGGAGCAAGUUCCGCAGCUCUCUGUCCUUGCUCAUGGAGACCCUCAAUGCGACCACGCCCCACUACGUUCGCUGCAUCAAGCCAAACGAUGAGAAAUUGCCCUUUGAGUUUGACUCCAAGAGAAUUGUCCAGCAGCUGCGAGCCUGUGGUGUCCUGGAAACUAUUCGCAUCAGUGCGCAGAGCUACCCAUCCCGGUGGACGUACAUCGAGUUCUACAGUCGCUAUGGUAUCCUCAUGACCAAGCAAGAGCUUUCGUUUGGCGAUAAGAAGGAGGUCUGCAAGGUGGUUUUACACAGGCUCAUCCAGGAUUCCAAUCAGUACCAGUUUGGUAAAACCAAAAUUUUCUUCAGAGCAGGCCAAGUGGCUUAUUUAGAGAAGCUCCGAUUGGAUAAACUGAGGCAGGGUUGUGUUGUGAUACAAAAGCACAUCCGUGGCUGGCUCCAGAGGAAAAAAUUCCUCCGCGAGAGACAAGCCGCCCUGACCAUCCAGCAGUACUUCCGGGGGCAGCACACCGUCAGGAAAGCUGUGACCGCGGCAGCCUUGAAAGAAGCCUGGGCAGCCAUCAUCAUCCAGAAGCACUGCCGUGGGUACCUUGUCCGCAGUCUGUACCAGCUGAUCCGCGUGGCCACCAUCACCAUCCAGGCCUACACCCGAGGAUGCCUGGCCCGGAGGAGGUAUCGCAAGAUGCUGGAGGAACACAAGGCUGUGAUCCUUCAGAAAUAUGCUCGGGCGUGGCUGGCCCGGCGCAGGUUCCAGAGCAUCCGACGGUUCGUGCUCAACAUUCAGCUCACGUACAGGGUCCAGCGCCUGCAGAAAAAGCUAGAAGAUCAGAACAGAGAGAACCACGGGCUGGUGGAGAAGCUGACCAGCCUGGCUGCCGCUCGGGCCGGUGAUGUGGAGAAGGUUCAGAAACUGGAAUCGGAACUGGACAGGGCAGCCGCCCACAGGCGCAAUUAUGAGGAGAGGGGGCAGAGAUACAAGGCCACCGUGGAAGAGAAAUUGGCAAAGCUUCAGAAGCAUAAUUCGGAGCUGGAAGUACAAAAAGAGCAGAUACAGCGCAAGCUUCAGGAGCAGACUGAAGAGCUGAAAGGGAAAAUGGAUGACCUCACCAAGCAGCUCUUCGAGGACGUGCAAAAAGAAGAACGACAGAGAAUACUUCUUGAAAAAAGUUUUGAACUGAAAACACAGGACUAUGAGAAGCAGAUGUGCUCUUUGAAAGAAGAAAUCAAAGCUCUCAAGGAUGAGAAAAUGCAGCUGCAGCGCCAGCUGGAGGAGGAACAGGCCACCUCGAGAGGCCUGCAGGGGGAGGUGGCCCGGCUGAGCCAGCAGGCCAAGGUAGAGGCUUCCACUUCCCCAGCUCUCUCUGAGUCAGGGCUGCCCCUCAGGGGACCCCGGCACACCCCAUGGCCACCCCCCAAAUCCUGGGUGCGCCUGGCUCUGCCGCAGAAAAUGCAACUGCAGCGCCAGCUGGAGGAGGAACAGGCCACCUCGAGAGGCCUGCAGGGGGAGGUGGCCCGGCUGAGCCAGCAGGCCAAGCGGUCAUCCUCACUGACUCUUUCCGCUCCAGACCUGAAGCCCCGCGGCGUGGUGGUGAACAUGAUCCCCGGGCUGCCGGCUCACAUCCUGUUCAUGUGUGUACGUUAUGCAGACUCUCUCAAUGACGCCAGCAUGCUCAAGUCCCUCAUGAACAGUAUCAUUAAUGGCAUCAAGCAAGUGGUUAAGGAGCAUUUAGAAGACUUUGAGAUGCUGUCCUUUUGGCUUUCCAAUACUUGUCAUUUCCUCAAUUGCCUGAAGCAGUACAGUGGAGAAGAGGAAUUCAUGAAGCAUAACAGUCCACAUCAGAACAAGAACUGCUUGAACAAUUUUGACCUGUCAGAAUACAGACAGAUUCUUAGUGAUGUGGCUAUACGAAUAUAUCAUCAGUUCAUUAUCGUCAUGGAAAAUAACAUUCAACCAAUAAUAGUGCCGGGCAUGCUGGAGUACGAGAGUCUGCAGGGCAUUUCCGGCCUGAAGCCCACGGGCUUCCGCAAGCGGUCGUCCAGCAUCGACGACACGGACGCCUACACGAUGACCUCCGUCCUGCAGCAGCUGAGCUACUUCUACAGCACCAUGUGCCAGAACGGCCUGGACCCCGAGCUCGUGAGGCAGGCAGUGAAGCAGCUCUUCUUCCUCAUCGGGGCCGUCACGCUCAACAGCCUCUUCCUGCGCAAGGACAUGUGCUCCUGCCGGAAAGGGAUGCAGAUCAGGUGCAACAUCAGCUACUUAGAAGAAUGGCUUAAAGAUAAGAAUUUGCAGAACAGCUUGGCCAAGGAAACUUUGGAACCUCUCUCUCAGGCAGCCUGGUUGCUUCAGGUCAAGAAGAUCACAGAUAGCGAUGCCAAGGAGAUCUUCGAACGCUGUACCUCACUGUCUGCUGUGCAGAUCAUAAAGAUCCUUAAUUUAUACACGCCUAUAGAUGACUUCGAGAAAAGAGUGACUCCAUCCUUCGUUCGCAAAGUACAGGCUCUCCUGAACAGCCGGGAGGACUCCUCGCAGCUGAUGUUGGAUGCCAGCUAUCUCUUCCAAGUCGUCUUUCCUUUUACGCCCUCUCCCCACGCUCUGGAAAUGAUCGAGAUCCCCAGCAGUUUCAAGCUAGGCUUUCUCAAUAGAUUGUAGCGGGGAAAGAGAGCAAACACACUUUUCCCUCAAAAGCUAAACGAAGGCCAAACAUGAGGGAUGUGGCGUAUUACUGGGACUGGAAAUGCUCUAGAAUGUGAUUUAAGGGAGAAAAUGAGAACUCCCAAAAGGUCCACAUCUCCUCUCGCUCACAGUGAUGCUGUUGCCACUGUCAUUUUACAAAAAUUAACACACUCCAGCUGUGGCCUUGUCUAGCUCUGCAAGCCCAGCUGGCUUUUACUAGAAUUCCUGGAAGCUCCCAUUUUCUCCCAGGUGUCUCUUGGUCUCAAUCAAUCUUGUGACAGGGCUCCACCCACAGGAGCAUAAGAUCGGGGACACGUUCCUGUGAAGCCUGGGUCCAUUUAUGAAGCCACAGUGGGGUCCAGGGCUGAGUCUUCCAAAAGUCCCCUCACCUCAUGCCUGUUUUUGGGGGAGGCGGGGAGUGGGAGGUGGGGUUCCACUGACUCUUUCUAAAAAUUCUCCUGCAUAAAAAAGUAUUUAUUAUUUCAGACCCUUCUAAUUUUUAAGAGAAUAUUCCAUCUGAAUGAAUUAUAUGAAGUAUUUUAUGUAUUUAUCUAAUUAAAACCAGCAUAUUAUUAAAGCUUAAUUGCCACACCAGUUUUCAUCUCCUCCUCCCAAAGAACAUUUCUUAAAUUUCAUCUGCCAACACAUUUGCCAUCAUUUUUUAUUGUUUAGUAUCUUUCAUGUAUAUUUUUGUGUGAAUAUAUUUUUAAAUAUAUUUUUU